AUCGAGGAAGAAGGAGGCCUUCGGUCGGUUCGCCAUGGACUGUUCCAGGAUCAGUACCGUUUAAAUAGGACUAUAACAGUAGCGCGUGUUUUAUGGGGGAACCAGACACUGUUUUGAUAUCACAUUGCAGCAAAAGCCCUCCAAAUGACUGUUCUAGUUACUGUAAUUUUGCAAGAAGAGACAAGAAAUAAUUAAAACUAUUUUGUUGAAACUAAGCAAAACUCUGUUUCAGAAGAGACUUUGCAAAAUGGAUCCAUCUUCUGGAAUGCACAUGGCCUCUGUUCCCCCAAACAGUGAGGUGGUCCAUGUGACCGUUGGGAAUCCUAUCAUAACAAUGUAUCAGACUCCGCCACAGGCCCCCAACAUUGCGCAGAUCAUUACGCAACAUGUCCUGCCACAAGAUGUUACCUGUCAAAGUGUACCACAUACAGUUCAGAUAGCAUCACAAGUACAGGCUUCAAUGCAUGGCCAUGGUCAAGGACGGGGCCAAUCUCAAAGCCAUGGCCAAUCACAGAGUCACAUGCAGUCUCAAAGUCAUGUACAAUCACAGAGCCACAUGCAGUCUCAAAGCCAUGGCCAAUCACAGAGUCACAUGCAGUCUCAAAGUCAUGUACAAUCACAGAGUCACAUGCAGUCUCAAAGUCAUGGACAAUCACAGAGUCAUGUGCAGUCUCAAAGCCAUGCGCCAUCACAAGUUCAUGUUCCACAAGGCUCAUCACAAAGCGAGAGUGUCGCAGUGUCUCAGGACAGUGCCAGAUCAUCACUGCAGGUCCCCUUUGCAGAGGUCGCUUCUCUGCUGGAUCCUAACAUGAAGAGCUCAAAAGCCAGAAAGUACGAAAUCCAUUAUGAGGAAGUAAAACGGAGGCUGGAACCACCUGAGAAAAUGUCCCUCAGAUCUCUGGCUGCCUAUACUAGAGUGAGUCGGGGUCCAGCCAGUAAAAAAACCCUCCUGGAAUCGCUGAAUGUCUUUGGCCUGUCACCAAGCACCAACACGGCAGUAUCUAGUACUUUCUCCAAACUCACUGAGGGUGACACAGCAGCACUAUGUAAAGACAUGAAGGACUUUUCCUUACAGUAUGUGGAUUAUGAAAAUAUGGCAAAACAGUUACUGCCAGAGACAAACCAGGUUCAGCACUGGUCAAAAAUAAUUGAGACAAGGAAUUAUCUGGAAGAGAUGCGAAAAGUUUUCAAAGACCCCAUUAACAGCCGCCUGUUCUCCAAUGUCACACAUGGCCUCGGUAAUGGCAUGAUGGAUGUUGCCCUUGACAUUAUUGAUACUGUCAUUGACCGGCAGAUUCGCAUCCUCUCAGGGAACACGGAUCCCAAACCUGAGCCACCUGUCAGAAGGAUCCGAAAACGCACGCGCAAACCCAAGACUACCAUGGAGGAUGGCAAACCCAAGGAGAAGGCAAAAAGAAGCAGGAAGAAAGACAAACAGAUUCGAUUGGACACUGUUGACCCACAGGUUCCACAGUCUACAGACAUAGAGAGCAGUGUAUUGACUCUGGUGUCUGUAGGAUAUGAGACGAUAUCGAGUGGUCUCAGUGCCACAAGCACAGGUUUAUCAUAGUGUUGAGACUGAUGGACGCUGACAGCACUGUGUGCAUGCUGAGUGUUGAAUUAAAGCACAUUUUAACUUUGAUGUUUUUAGAUUUUGUUUAAAUGCCUUCGUCUAAAUGUUCUGUAUUUCUUUUGGGUGUCUAAAAGGUUUCAUUAGGAAGGGUGAGUGGUUUAUAUCAUCCAAGAUGUUUUAAUAAGAAAUCAGCUUUUUUUUUUUCAAGCAUUAUUUGUUAGAUUCCUGUUUUUUAUUUUAAUGAAGAACAAACACACAAGGAGGCUCUAUAACCUUGAAAGAAAUCAAACUGAUGUUUUGUGAAGUGCAGAGUGUGGUUCAGAUGAAUAAAAAAAAAAUGUCUGAAAAGUCAUUGAUAUAUGAGAUGUAAUGUAUUCACCCUUCUAUUGUCAUCAUCACAAAACAUUUUAUUUGGAAUAUUACCUUAACUUUGAAUUGAAGAGGGGUAUUGCGUAUCCUUUUUCAUUGUACAUGUAUAUUUUAGGAAUUAGUGAUCACCUGCAGCUUGUAUUUAGAAAGUACUUUAGACUGCUUAUAUGUGUGUAAUAAAUCUUUAGUAGAUUUAUUUCGCUGCCUUCAUAUUUAAUAGCAUCUUGUAGUCUCUAUCAUGGAUUUUAGAUUAAUUCAGUUAACUCUGCUGCUUUAUUUGAUUCACUUUGGAUAGCUAUAUUUGUUUUGACUCUCACUGCAUUCCAGACAUAAUCAA